AUGGCAUCAUGGAAUUCAAUUCCACUGGAAAUCGCAUACCAAACAUUUGGAUGGAUCGCUUUCUUUUCAUGGUCCAUCAGUUUCUACCCUCAAGUCAUCUUGAAUUUCCGACGCAAAAGCGUGGUCGGGUUGAACUUCGAUUUCGUGCUGUUGAAUUUGACGAAACACUCUUCAUAUUUGAUAUACAACGCUUCUCUUUACUUUAGCUCUGCUAUUCAACAUCAGUACUUUGAAAAAUAUGGCUUUGGAGAGAUGAUACCUGUAGCUGCGAAUGAUGUUGCUUUUUCAAUACAUGCUGUUUUGUUAACAGCGAUUACUUUGUUCCAAAUUGUAAUCUAUGAUCCUGAUGUAAUCAUUCUUCCAUUUGAACAGCGUGGAAAUCAAAAGGUCUCUAAGAUUUCUAUAGCAAUUGUAUGUGCUGUGUGGUUAGCAGCUGCAGAUCACAUGCCUGAGAUGGUUGUGAUGGACUUAACUUUACAAGAUACGGAAGUUUUGAUUCCUCAACCUUAUGACAAUUAUGUUCUGUGCUUUUGGUUUGCUGUUAUUGAUGGGAUGUGGUCCCUUGCAUUUGGUUUCCAGGCUGUUAUUUCAACCUAUUUACAGCAGGGUUGUGCUCACAUCUAUCACUGUUAUCUGGGGAAGAAGGUAAAAGGUGGGGUAGAGAUUAUUAUCAGUGAUGGAAAGGCGAUAAUGAACUUCAUGCUAAAGAGCACGGAUGGCUUCAGCAUUGGAAACAUUUUACUUGAUUUUCUGGGAGGGGUGACAAAUUAUGCACAAAUGGCUGUGCAAUCUAUAGACCAAAAUUCUUGGGUGAACUUUUAUGGCAACAUAGGAAAAACGUUGCUAUCUUUGGUGUCUAUAUUUUUUGACCUUCUAUUUAUGUGUCAACAUUAUAUCUUGUAUCCUGCCAAGAAAGCUGUUUCUCAAAAACUCAAUAAAGAGGGAACAGAGCCACUUAUCAAGAAUUCUGAGGAGCCAUCUGGGUCAGAAGAUGUGUAA